UCCUUAAGAUUCUCUAGGAAAUCUGCCGGAUCUUGCUUUCCAAACUGUCCAGAUUUUCUACAGGACUCGCACCUCCUAUGGCUUCCCAUUUAAAAGUCCCUCACCUUCCCUUCUUUCUCUUCAUCCGCUUUAUUGGUUUCAAUAUUCUCUCUUCUUCUCCGUCUCUUCUUGGCUUGACACAUCGUUAGUGGAAUUGUAAUGGCUGUGGAAAUGGCUCUGGCUACUACCAUGGCUACUGAGACUCAGUUUCAUGUUCUUGCUGUUGACGACUGCCUUAUUGACAGAAAGUUGAUUGAAAGGCUCCUUAAAACCUCUUCUUAUCAAGUCACGGCAGUGGAUUCAGGAAGCAAGGCCUUGGAGUUUUUGGGCUUGAAUGGAGAAAAUGAGCUGAGAGAUUCAAAACCUGCCUCUGUUUCCCCUGACCCCUAUCAUCAGCACAUUGAAAUUAAUAUGAUCAUUACAGAUUACUGUAUGCCAGGAAUGACAGGCUAUGAUCUUCUAAAAAAGAUCAAGGAAUCUAAAUAUUUCAAGGACAUCCCAGUUGUGAUCAUGUCCUCAGAGAAUGUCCCAUCAAGAAUCAACAGAUGCCUAAAAGAAGGAGCUGAAGAGUUCUUCCUGAAGCCAGUUCAAUUAUCAGAUGUCAACAAGCUUAGACCCCAUCUAAUGAAGGGAAGAUGCAAGGAAGAAGAAGAAGAAGAAGAAGAAGAAGAAGAAGAUCAACCCAAUAACAAGAGAAAGGGCAUGGAAGAAAUUGUUAACUCUCCAGAUCGAACAAGAACAAGAUACAAUGAUGGCUUGGAAGUUGUCUGAUCCCAGUAGAUUUCCCAACUUUUUUUUUUCAUUAUUUUUGACGCAUACAUGCUCUAUAGAUUAAUUGAGAAAGAUGGAAAUCAAGCUAAUACGAUUUAUCCAUUAUUAGUCCCUUUGUGAAUUCCCACAGGAAACAUUCAUUUUUGUUUUGCUAGAACUAAUCAACAAUUAUAUCUUAUGUUCAUCCAAUUCAUUGAUCAAUAA